AUGUCCGCGCAUGUGGCUGACAAAGUCAAACUUGGUAUUAUCCGAAUUUCUGAUUUGUCUCAAGAUCUCUCCUUUCUUCCUUUGUUUCUUGGGUCGGUAAGACUUUUGCGGCGGAUGAACGCUUGAAAAAGUCAAUACCCGAUGAGCUCCAUUUAGGGUUGUAGCCGUCCCAGUUGAAAGUCUCAAUUUUUUCUGUUUACUUGAUGCGUCCUCUGAAGCCUGGAAGGCAAGGUGGCGCUGAUCACGGGUGGUGCAUCCGGUAUCGGCAAGAGAAUCACCAGGCUAUUCUGGAGCCACGGGGCGAAGGUCUGCGUCCUCGACAUCCAGGACGACCGCGGCCAGCGGGUCUGCCAGUCCCUCGGAGGUGGUGCCUCCGCCUGUUUCCUCCACGGCGACGUCACAAAGGAGGAUGACGUGGCCCGCGCUGUCGACCUCGCCGUUGAGAGGUACGGCAAGCUCGACAUCAUGGUGAACAACGCCGGGAUCAUCGACGCGUUGGUGCGGGACAUCCGCGACGUGGACCUCGCCGAGUUCAAGCGCGUGGUCGACGUCAACCUCUUCGGUGUCUUCCUCGGCAUCAAGCACGCUGCCCGUGUGAUGAUCCCGCAGGCGGGGGGGUCCAUCAUCUCCCUCGCCAGCGUUGCAGGCGUCAUCGGGGGCACCGCUUCCCACUCGUACACGGUCUCGAAGCACGCUGUUGUCGGGAUGACCAGGAGUGCCGCGGCAGAGCUCGGCAAGCACGGCAUCCGGGUGAACUGUAUCUCACCCUACGGGGUGGUCACCGAGCUCGCGAUGGGUGUUAUUGAUCCGGCGGCGAGGGACGGCAUCGAAGAUGGGGAGAGGGUGUUCAACGACUUCAUGGGAAGUCGGGCGAACCUCAAGGGGGUCACGUUGACGGCAGGCGAGGUUGCGGCGGCGACGCUCUUCUUGGCCGGCGACGACUCGCGGUACGUCAGCGGUCUCAACCUACUCGUGGACGGGGGAUUCACAUGCGUGAACCAUUCUAUGGGGAUGUUCAGAUGAGCCCGCCGGAGGAAGAGGGGUUGCGUUAAAAGAAAUUUCGUCCUUGAAUCUACAAGACGAAAUUAAAGUAAAUAAAUGAAGUUCUGAUCUUCAGAACUUGGAAUCUUCAAUGAUUGAAUCAUCAAGUACUUGUUGAAGUGGUCGUUGAGCCUACAAUAAUCAUAAUAUUCCCUUAAAUCUACAAUACUGUACUUCAAUACAUAUGCAAACAGAAAUAUCUCAUACAGAUAAAAAUUCGUAACAAUCAAGGUGUGCAUGGAGUUACAAUGUUUCAGUCUUUAA